AUGCGUAUCCAAGCCGGAAUUGUAUCAUGCUUGGCCUCGAGUGCGCUCGCCGCCCGGCCAUUUCUCAACGAGCCAGACACCGGAAUUGAAGAUGUACUAAAGUUCUCGUCCAACGGCACCCUGCCAAACAUCACCUCCAUCGUGGGCCUGCCCGACUUUGAAUACGUUGCCAGAAAGUACUUGCCCACCAGAAACUUCACCUACUACAGGAAUGGCGCCGCCGGAGAGUAUUCGUAUCGUAACAACCUCGAGGUUUUCCGUCGUUACCGCCUUCGCCCACGUGUGCUGGUAGAUAUUUCCAACAUUGAGUCUACUCUUUCAACAACCAUCCUGGGCCACAACUUUUCCGCGCCAUUCUUCAUUAGCCCCUGCGCACGAGCAGAUUACGCACAUGCCAAUGCCGAAAUCAACUUUGUUAAAGGCGCUGCCGCCGGCAACAUUCUUUACAUGCUGUAUCUGGACUCCAAUGAAACCUUCAACAAAGAUCUCUUCCGAAGGACUGAAGCGGCCGGUGCAAAGGCCAUUGUUUUCACAGUCGACUCUGCAGCGGACGGAAACCGACAUCGCGCGGCAAGAUUCGGAGUAGGCUCCGCAGACUCGUCUUACUCUGCCUUUAGCUGGACCUUCUAUGAGCAGAUCAGAAACCAGACCAAGCUGCCCAUCAUUCUCAAGGGCAUCAUGACCGUCGAAGACGCCCAGGAGGCUGUCAAGCGCAAGGUCCCGGCCAUCAUCCUGUCCAACCACGGCGGCCGACAGCUUGAUGGAUCCCCGUCCUCCCUGGAGGUCGCGCUCGAGAUCUACAGGAAGGACCCGGACCUCUUCAAGAAAAUUGAGGUGCUCGCUGACGGUGGAAUCCGCUACGGUGUGGAUGCCAUCAUGCUCCUGUCUCUCGGUGUCAAGGCUGUCGGGCUGGGUCGGCCCUUCAUGUAUUCCAACAUUUACGGCCAGGAGGGUGUAGAAAAGGUCAUCCAGAUUAUGAAGCACGAGAUGGCCAUUGACGCCGGAAACCUUGGCAUCCCGGACUUGAAGAAAGUCAGCCCGAAUUUCGUCGACUGGACGCCUAGCGGCUGGUCUAUGUAA